UUUGUAUUAUAAAAUAACGAAAAUUUCAAACGUAAAUGCAUACAUUGUUUUUCUAUGCUUUUUAAAUGAUCGUCAAGGUUAUGUUUCCUUUCGUGGAAGAAGAGCAGCAUUUAUUUAGUUAGUAAUAAACUGAAUGAUUGAGGGGGAUAAAGAAAUAUAUAUGUAUUUUAGAUUUUUGUGUAUCUUUUUCCAAGAACUAAACACCAAUCCUUUUUUACGUGUUAGGAUAUAUACAUAUAAUAUGUAUGGAUGUCGUAUGUAUAUCUUCUACCAAUGAAUGAUCAGCUGAUUCUCCCACUCAUUUGUUUUUUAGCAGACGACAUAAAAGCUUUGUGUAUAGUGUUCAGUUAUCAGACAGAAGACUUGAGUAUACAAAGUUCAGCUUUUUGUUGGUGGACAGUCAUCGACGAGGAUAAAAACUAAUAAUUAUUAUACAAUUUAAUAAACUUAUGGCUGAUCAUGAAGUUGUCAAGUCUAAAAGUUGGUUUUGGGGAUGGUUUAGUUGGUCAGGAUCAUCUUCAACCAUGUUACGUGCUGCAGAGAAAAAAAUACUUUCUUGUUUGAAAACAGCAUACCGAGGAUGGUAUGUAGAUAUUGGUCCCGUAGUAGGUACAGCCGAUAAAAUAUGGACUAUCUCUUUAAACGAAGAAUCACCAAGAACGCCUAUUGUUCUCUUACAUGGAUUAGGUGCAGGCGUUGCUCUUUGGUGUUUAAAUCUUGAUUCCUUUGCAUCGCAAAGACCAGUAUAUGCCAUAGAUCUUUUAGGUUUUGGUAGGAGUAGUAGGCCAGUCUUUAGUUCAGAAGCAAAAGAAGCAGAAGAACAAUUAAUUCGUUCUAUCGAAGAAUGGAGAAGAGAAAUGCAAUUAGAAAAAUUUGUAUUGUUAGGACAUUCGAUGGGUGGUUUCCUUGCUGCAUCCUAUACUAUGCAAUAUCCAGAUAGAGUAAAACACUUGAUUCUUGCGGAUCCUUGGGGAUUCCCAGAAAGACCUUCAGAAGUAGUAGCAAAAGUAAAUGUUCCUCUUUGGGUUAAAGCCAUAGCUUUUGUAGUGCGGCCAUUAAAUCCUUUGUGGGCAGUAAGAGUUGCAGGCCCAUUUGGACAAUGGCUUAUUGAAAAAACUAGGCCAGACAUAGUUCAGAAAUUCUCUCCAUUACUAAAAGACGAUACAGGAAUAAUUUCACAAUAUAUACAUCAAUGCAAUGCGCAAACUCCAUCCGGAGAAAGUGCUUUUCAUGCCAUGAUGCAAGGCUUUGGUUGGGCAAAGAAUCCUAUUGUUAAACGAAUGGAUAAAUUAAAACCAGAAGUUCCAAUAACAUUAUUAUACGGUAGUCGUUCUUGGGUAGAUAACUCAGCUGGUGAAGUUAUCAAACAAUCUCGUUCAUCAUCGUACGUUAAUGUCCAAGUUAUAUCAGGAGCAGGACAUCAUGUUUAUGCUGAUAAAAGUGAUACUUUUAACAAAUAUGUAUUGGAAGCAUGCACUUUAACUGAUUCAACUCAGUUCUUAACAAAUUCAAAUAUACAUAUAAUUUCAAAAUAUACAACGGAAGAUGAUGUUUUACUGAAAAUAAAAAAUGAUACACUGGAACCUCAAAGAGUAGAUGAAGAACAAGAAUUAGAUGCACAACGACCAAAAUCUAGUUAAUGUAUAUUUUAUUAUUUUAUAAAAAUGAUUUUUAUGAUGAUAAUAUGUACACAGAUGCACAUAUGAACUAUACAUGGCCUGCAUGUAUUAAUGUAUUAUAUUUAAGAAAAGAAAAAGAAAGUACAAUUAUUAUGUGACGUUCAACAUUUGAAUGUUAUAAUAAUAAUAGUUAUAUAAUUUGAUUAAAAAAGUAGGAUUUUUUUAAAUCAUAUUAAAAGCUUUCUAAAAUUUCUUUAAUUAUGUUUUUCUAUAUUAAAAUAUCAUUAUUGUAAUAUUCAUUAAAUUGAUUUUUUGAAUAUUAUUUAAUAUAUAGCAAUUUUUAUCAAUUGAAAUUCAUAAGAAAAAGAAAAAGAGUAAAUUAUAUGCUUUACGAAAUAUAAAUUUAACAAUUAUUAAUUAGAAUAUAAUUAAAACAAUAUUAAAAUAAUUUAGUAUCAAGAUUUUCGUAUUCUUUGAUUGUGAAAUAGUUGCGUGUAUAAUAUAUAAUUAAAUUAUUCUUUACAAAUAACUAAAAUGUCCUACUAAGUAUUAUAUUUAUAUAAAAUAAAAUAACAUACCAUAUCAAUGAAA